CGUUGCGUCAAAUAUAAUCUGACAAACGCAUCAUAGAUAUUUAACUUUUUUGUACAAUAUACAUAUCCUAAUUUUAAAUGUCUAUCGAAGGCAAUAUUUGUUAUAACAAGGGCUGUGGGAAAGCUUUUGAUUCUAAUAAUAAUCAUGAAGAUUCUUGCACAUAUCAUUGUGGGAAGCCUGUUUUUCACGAUGCAUAUAAGUAUUGGUCCUGCUGUUCUAAAAAAUGUAUCAAUUUCACAGAUUUUUUAAAUAUUCCAGGGUGUUGUAAAGGCAAACAUUUAAAUGAAAAACCAGUUGAAGAAAAGCCCAAGGAGUUCAAGAAGGCUAUAUAUGUUAAAUCUACUAAAGAAUUACCAAUUGAUAGACCCUCUAUUAAUGAACCUUUAACUAAGAUCAGAACUAUAAUGGAUAAGGCAUUUAAUAAUCAAAACAAAUUUAAUAAUUUAAUUAAUCAAGAUAAUAAAAAAUCAACAGAACCUUCAAUGGAUGAAAUUUGUUCACACCAUGCCUGUGGUGUUAUUUAUUGUAAAGCACUCAAGGAUGACACUGUAUGUUGCUAUCAUCCAGGGCAACCAGUUUUUCAUGAGGGUAUGAAAUAUUGGAGCUGUUGUCAAAAGAAAACAUCAGAUUUUACAACAUUUCUAAAUCAGAUGGGAUGUGUAAAAGGAGAACAUUUAUGGAACAAGAAAAAUGAAGCUGACUUAUCCCCUGAAUGUAAAUAUGAUUGGCAUCAAACAGCUUCCUAUAUUUAUAUCACAAUUUACUCAAAAAAUUCAGAUUUUAAUCAUACUGUUAUUGAUGCUAAUAGAGUAUUCCUUAAAAUACACAUAGAAUAUAGACCUAAGGAAGACAGUGGGUUACAGACAUUUGAUAAAAACAUUGCUCUCAAAGAAAUAAUUGAUAUAUCCCAAAGCACAGUAACAUUUUUUAUGACCAAGGUCGAAAUCAAAUUGAAAAAAAUGGUUUCAACAUCAUGGAAAACAUUAGAAAUGGAUGUUUCUUAAUGUAUUUGUCUAUAUUUACACCUUACGUUUACUAGUCAAUUUUUAUUAAAAAUAUCAAACGAUAUAAGCAUAAUAAUAUUUUACU